AUGCUGAGGAGUGAAAAUGCCUACUGGGCAGCUGCUGCCAUUCUGUCCACACGCAGAGAUCCUCUCUCCAGGAAAGCCAGUUUGCUGCUGCACUUCAUCUUGGAGAAGUAUCAUAAUAAUGAGCAACAUUUGCAUACAGAUAUGCUGAGGCUGAUCAGCAUGAAGUACAAGGAGCACUUCCCCAAGAUCCUGAACAAAGCCACCUCACAACUUAAGUUGGUCUAUGGUCUGGAGUUGAAGGUUGACAAUCCCAACACUCAGUCCUAUGUCUUUGUUAGCAAGCUACCCAUUCCCCCAAGGGAAGAUCCCAAUAGCAAGAAAGAGUUGCCAAAGACGGGUCUUGUGCUUGCCCUCUUAGGUGUGAUAUUCAUGAACGGCAACCAUGCCACUGAGGAACAGGUCUGGGAAUUCCUGAAUGUGUUGGGGGUACACCCUGGGAGGAGACACCUAAUUUUUGGGGAUCCCUGUAAGUUCAUCACCAAAGAUCUAGUGGAGCAAAGGUAUUUGGAAUGCCACCAGGUGCCUUACAGUAAUCCCCCAACCUAUGAGUUCCUGUGGGGUCCCAGAGCCUAUUCUGAAACCACCAAGAUGAAAGUGCUGGAAAUUAUAGCUAAGAUCAAAGAUACUCUCCCUGGCUCCUUCCCUGAUCUCUAUGAGGAAGCUCUGUGUGACAAGGCAAAUAGAGCAGGAAGGAGAGCUGAGGCUUUGGGUUACAGUCUUGCCAAGACCAGGAUUCUUUCCUAG